AUGGCUUUCCGCGCCAAGGUGAGGAAAGUCCUUAAAGGGAAUAAGAGCAGCGGCGACGAUGCUUCUGGCAGCCCCCCAAAGCGAACCGAUAUCGAGUACUAUAAACCAGGCGAGAUACCCCGGUCCAAAUAUCGAGGGCCUUGGAACCAAAAACAUCAGGACCAACUGCAUGCUUUCUCUUUCGAAGAUGCAUUGCGCGACCGGAAGAAUUCUAUUCCAGCAUCUUGCUCUCCUAGAGGCACACUGGCGCAGAGCAGGAGGUCAAGCUGGGUGAGCCGGGCGAGGUCAAGCCUGGGCAGUAGAAGUGGUAUGGAGGAUGGCAAUGCGGAGCGACGGAAAAGCCAUGCCAGUCAUAUUGGCCAGGUAGCUGAGGCUAAUGAGGAGGGCGCCGAUGUUGAAGAUGUUGGCCUGUCGAGAAGAGUAACCACCGAUCAAAUGACCACUAAAGACGUAAACAAGCUUGAGUUGGAAAAGACCAUCACUCCAAGCGACCUGAGGAAGGAAAAUGCUCAGCCCUUCACGCCGGCCGAGCUCUCGAAAGCCAUGACCGCAGCCGCUAUCAGACCAGAGAGGUAA